AUGUUUGCCUCAGAGAAGCUUCAGGGCCGGAACCAGACCAGGAGAGGAACUCACUCGGUUUCCAAAGCAGAGAACAAUGUGGACGAGUCCUUCGAGGACCUUCUGUCCAAGUACAAGCAGAUCCAGCUGGAGCUGGAGUGCAUCCGCAAGGAGGAGACCAUGGCCCUGGAGCCCAAGGCCUCGUCCCCCCGAGAGGAGGUCCCCGACCACGCGGCCGGCGCCACAGAGACCAGACCAGAGCCCGAGGCGGCUCCCGGUCCGGCGGGAGGCGAGGAGGCCUCGGAGCUGAAGGUCUUCCAGGCCUUCAACAUCAAACCUCUGCGUCAGAAGCUGCCGGCUCCAGCUCUCCUGGACGAGCUGAAGGAGCAGCAGGGCCAGGCGGACCCAGGGGGCGGGGCCGGGGGCGGGGCCGAGAAACAAGGUGAAGGAGAAGAACCCAGAGGAGACGGAGGAGGAGCAGAACCUGAACCCGAGGAGAAGACCUGCUGCCCCCAGGGGACGGACAGAGACCAGGAGGACAAACAGACCUGCUCCUGCUGCAGAGAGUCCUCGGCGUCCAGCGAGGACUCUGCCGUCUCUCCUGAGAAGCCCGUGGUGAAGGUGGAGGAGGAGGAGCUGUCCGAGCUGCAGCUGCGGCUCCUGGCUCUGCAGUCGGCCAGUAAGAAGUGGCAGCAGAAGGAGCAGCAGGUGAUGAAGAAGAGCAAAGACCGGAUCACCCGAGCCCCUCAGGAGAAGGACCCGGGCCCCCCCGGACCCCCCCCUGCCACCAGACAGAGAGUGACCACCAGGUCCGUGUCCUCCGCCGCUGCCGCUGCCGCUGCACAGAGGAGUAGAGCCAGGUCCAAACCUCUGGACCGGGACCGGGACGGAACCAAGACCGGCACCCGACCCCCGGAGAGAGACAGACCCAAACAGAGUCCGAAACCUGGUCCCAAAGCUCUGCAGGACCGGGGGCGCACUCCAGGGAAAGCGUACGUGACCAAGAAGAUGAUCAGUCCAGGCUCGGUGGCGAAGCAGGCGUUCAGGAAGCAGCAGCUGAGGACCUGGAAGCUGCAGCGGCAGCAGGAGGAGAAGCGCCGGCAGGACGAGGACGAGCGACGCAAACGAGAGGAGGAGAUCCGCCGGAUCCGAGACCUGUCCAACCAGGACGAGCAGUACAACCGCUUCAUGAAGCUGGUGGGGGGGAAGAUGAGGACGCGCAGUAAAUCCAGGGAUCGUGAACACAGGAAGUCCACGGGGAAACCGGGUCUGGACGCCUCCGGCAACCUCUACCAGUAUGACAACUAUGACGAGGUGGCGAUGGACACGGACAGCGAGCCCAGUUCACCAGGUGAGCCCAGUUCUCCAAGUGAGUCCGGUUCACCAGGUGAGUCCGGUUCACCAGGUGAGCCCGGUUCACCAGGUGAGUCCGGUUCACCAGGUGAGUCCCCGGUGAACCAGGUGAGUCCGGUUCACCAGGUGAGCCCGGUUCUCCAGGUGAGCCCGGUUCACCAGGUGAGCCCGGUUCACCAGCUGAGUCCGGUUCACCAGGUGAGCCCGGUUCACCAGGUGAGUCCGGUUCACCAGGUGAGUCCGGUUCACCAGGUGAGCCCGGUUCACCAGCUGAGUCCGGUUCACCAGGUGAGCCCGGUUCACCAGGUGAGCCCGGUUCACCAGGUGAGUCCGGUUCACCAGGUGAGUCCGGUUCACCAGGUGAGCCCGGUUCACCAGGUGAGCCCGGUUCACCAGUUAUGUUCUGGGAGCUCAGCGUUCAUUUGCUAUCCUGUUCUUCUGCUUCCUCAUCACGUGGUUUGUGUUUCAGUCCCGUCUCCCACACGCGUGGCGUUCAGCACGGAGGCUGCAGGAGGUUUCUCUCAGGUGUCUCUGUACGUGACGGACUCGGCUGCGUUCGGACUGGAUUUCUCUCAGGCUUUCCUCUCCCCCAUUCUGUCCGCUCUUCCUCCCCCGCCUCCCCCUCUCCCCCCCCCACCAGACGAGCUGGACCCCCCCCCCAAGCCUCUGUUGGCUGAUGAGGAGGAGGAAGAGGAGAUGCUGCUGAGGGAGACGUGUCUCAUGUCCAUGGCCAACAAGAGGGUGGCAGUGAACGAGGAGACGAGCUCCAGUGGUCCGCCCUCCCCCGGCUGCCAGCCCCCUGGAGGGGCUCCGCUGCCGCCCAGAGGGAACCUGAGCACCGUCAGCCUGAACACGGUGUCGCAGCCACGGACCAACAAGUUCACCAGAGGACACGCCCCCAGAGCGCCGCUGGUGCUGCCCAGACACAAGGCCGUGGUGGUUUCGCUCCAUGACUCCGACGACAGCGACUCGGAUGUGGACGCCUGCAGCUCCACGCAGACGGUGUUCGGAGGACUGGAGUUCAUGAUCAAAGAAGCCAGGAGGACGGUGGAGGCAGCGAAGCCGAAAGGAGCCUCAGGAUCUGAGAAGGAGAACAACCCGGUCAGAACUCCAGAGGCUCUACCUGAAGCAAAGAAGGCCGAGUACCGUCAGCUCAAAGAGCAAAUCGCCAGCAGAGAGAAGCAGAAGCUGCUGAAGGACCAGAGUCCGUGGAGCUCCAGCUCUGCUCUGACCGAGUCUGCGAUGGAUCUAUCGGCUCGAGUGACGGUGGAGGCGAAGCUGAGUGAGGCCGAGCAGAGACUCAACAAGAACAGGGAGCUGCUGCAGAGGGACCAGGCCGUCCUCAGACAUCUGCUGCAGCAGGAGCUGAAGAAGAAGGAGUCUCUGAAGGUCGCUGAGGCCAAAGUCCUCAAGCUGAGAGAGCAGCUGCAGGCCUCGGAGAAGAUCGUCAGCGCCAACAGGACGCUGCUCAAGAAGCUGCAGGAACAGGUGCAUCGUGUGGAACAUCGGGUGUCCAUCAAGAAGAGUCUGGCGGUCAGGCUGGAGCAGGAAGUGGCUCAGCUGGCGUCCGUAUGUCUGCCCCCUGCUGGACGAGGGUCCAAACGCAAACCAGAGCCGACCCAAACGCUGGUCAGUAAGCUGCCGCGGGUGGACGCCCCCCCCCGCGGCUCCGAGCGUCACUUUGCGGAGCUGCUGGCUCAGAAGCAGUGGCUGCAGCAGCUGGAGUCCGAGUACGCUCUGAAGAUCCAGAGGCUGAAGGAGGCCCAGGCGCUGCGUCACAAGGGGGUCCCGUCAGAGCCGCCAGCACCAGCCCCCACCCCCCCGCAGGCCCAGACCCCCCCCCCCUCCAGUCCCUUCCCUCUCCCCCAGCCGUCCCUGCACGACCUCACCCAGGAUAAACUCACACUAGACAGCGAAGACGCAGCUGAGGUGGACGAACCGGAACCUGCCGCCGCCCGAGGCCCCGCCCCCCGGCGCCACUCGCUCCGUCAGUCCAGCUGCUCCUUCACCAAACCCAACCUGGAGCAGCUGAGCUCCACGCCAGCUAAAGACAGCAGCUCCAAACCGGCCAAGAGCUCCAGCAGCUGCGAGGCGCCGGCAGAGACGCUGACGGGCCUGGACCUGGACGCUCUGAAGCUCCGCCCCCGGCAGCAGGCGCGGCUCGGAGAGCUGCUGCAGAGCGAGCUGCACAAACUGGGACAGCACAUUGACAGCGCCCCCAGUGGACAGGAGGUUCCUCUGGAGGUCCACACCACAGCAAGUCCCUUAGGAAGUCCAGAACUGAAACCUGUUCCCUUUGGACCGUACCACAGUCCACUACUGGUUUUCAAGUCCUACAGGUUCAGUCCGUAUUACAGGACCAAGGAGAAGUUAUCGCUGAGCUCUGUCACGUACAGCAACGCCAUCGAGCCCAGGAAGUGCUUCUGUCGCUUCGACCUCACAGGAACCUGCAACGACGACGACUGCAGAUGGCAGCACAUGAGGAACUGCUCUCUGACGGCCAACCAACUCUUCCAGGAUAUUCUGUCGUACAGUUUGUCUCUGAUUGGCUGUUCCGAGAGCAGCUCGGACGAAGACGUCGGUAUCGCCACAGAGAACUACAUUAAGAAGCUGUUUGGAACCAACACGGACCGGAUGGGCGUGGACCCGAAGGCCGUCCUCCUCGUCAGCAAGGUCAACGAGAGCAAGCGCCACGUUCCUCCGUUCACCACGUGUAAGGACGUGAGGCGGUGGAGGCCGAGGCCGUCGGUGCAGAGCGGCCUCGGCCCCGAGGACGACAGCGAGCAGGAGGCCGCGCCCAUCACGCCUGGAAGAUCCGACGAGCGCUCGAGGACCAGCCACUCGGCUGCAGACGUGGUCAUCACCUCCGACGACAAGCGUUACUUCGACAGUGAGACGGACGACAUCUCCAACCUGGAGAGCAGCGUGCUGGAGAACCCCGGAGACACGCAGCUGUGGAUCAAACUGGCCUUCAAGUACCUGAGUCAGAGUGAAACGUCGGCGGGCGAGAGUCUGGAGGCGGCCCUUAACACGCUGUCCCGCGCCCUGGAGAGCAACUGUGACGACCCGGAGGUGUGGAGCCACUACCUGUCUCUGUUCUCCAGGCGCGGCAGCAGGGAGGAGGUGCAGGAGAUGUGUGAGAUGGCUGUGGAGCACGCCCCCCACCACAGGGUGUGGUGGAACUACCUGAACCUGGAGAGCUCCUUCGAGGGGCGGGACUAUGUCUGUGACCGUCUGCUGCACUUCCUGCUGACGGAGGCGGAGUCACGACUCACAGACAAACUGUCCUUCCAGCUGAUGGAGGCGCUGCUGUACCGGGUGCAGCUGCACCUGUUCACCGGGCGCAUGGAGGGCGCGCUCGCCAUCCUGCAGAAUGCUUUGAAGUCAGCUGAUGAGCGGAGUCUUGCCGACUCCCUGACCCCCCCCGACCGGGCCCUGGUCUGGCUCUCCUUCAUCCACCUGACGGAGUUCGACCGGCUGCCGUCCAGCCUCUGUGACCCGGCCGAGUCCGGGCCGUCCCGAUUGGUCAGCAGAGAGUCCUUCCUGCUGCCGUGGAGGUCACCGCAGGACAUCAGCACGCCACUGGACAUCCUCAUCGCUCUGUUUCAAGACGCCAUCCACCGGUGCACCGACAUGUCUCUGUCCCAGAGCCAGAGGACGCUGGCCUGUCUUCCUCUUCACAACAACCUCCUCAUCCUCAACAAGCUGCUGCAGAGGUUCACACUGGGACUCAACUCCCAAACGGCGUUUUCACCUUCUCUCCAUCGUCCACGUGUUGGAAAGAAAAGCGUUCCUGCUCGUCCACCCGCUGACGCGUGUUCUGUGUGCUGCAGGUACGACGAGGCUGUGGUUCUGUGUGAGUCUCUGCUGGAGCUCUGUCCCGAGUCCUGCGCUCUGAGAGACGCCUUGGCCGACCUGCACAUCCGGAGAGGAGACGGCGACCGGGCGGUCAGCAUGUGGCUGCACGCGCUGGCCGAGUGUCCCAACAACGCCGAGGUCUUCUAUCGCUCCUGCAAGUUCCUCAUGACUCAGGAGAAGUCCAGUGCCGUGGCUCCUCUGUUCCGAGGCUUCAUCCUGUCGCUCUGCGAGGACGAGCAGAGUCAGAAGGAACCUGUGGAUGUUCUCCGUCACAUCCUUGGUUUUCCCAGCGAGGAGCUUCUGAGAAGUCCCAUCGUCAAAAAGGAUCUUCAGGAGCAACUCAACCAGCAGACGCCCUACCUGCACCUCAUUCACUGUCGCUGGCAGUGGCUGCACGGGUCUGUGGAGCAGACGGCGGACGCCUUUGAGCGAGCGCUGGGAUCCCCCCUGCAGCUGGAGGAGCUGCACACCCUGUGGCUGGAUUACCUGAUGUUCAGCGUCAGUCAGCAGAGACAGUUCUCCCACCUGGUGCAGCGCUGCCUGAGCAGCGUCCCGUCGCGCCUGGAGCUUCCCUUCAACCCAGCAGAGUUCUGGAACUGCUUCCGCUUCCACAACCAGGUGGUGACUCUUUAUCUGAACCGUCUGCCACAGUCCCAGCAUGCACCUGUGCUGGAGAGACUGAGAUACGCCAUGCCCACCAACACUGAGCUGAGCCUAAGGUUGCUGUUUGUCGAGUGGCAGGAUGGAAACAUUGAACAUGUGAAGUUUCAGACUCGGAUGUUGACGAGUAACUUUCCAAAGAGUUUAACGCACUGGAAAAUAGCGAUCGCCAUGGAGACGGAGCUCCAGGAGUCAUGUGAGGUGCGACUCCUCUAUCAUCAGGCUCUUCAGAACCUUCCUCUCUGUGCCGCCCUGUGGAAACAUGUAAUUCACACCUUCACUUCCUCUUCAACACACGUCAACACACGUCAACACACGUCAACACACGUCAACACACGUCAACACACGUCAACACACGUCAACACACGUCAACACACGUCAACACACGUCAACACACGUGUAAUCACACACGCAAACACACGUCUGUGCUCUGGUCUUCACUCGCUCUGGUGCUGAUCACAUGAUGUCAUGUGACUGUAGAUGUUUGUGGUCACACAGUAAUUAUGACAUCAGUGUGAGUCACAUGGUCCGUGUGUGAUAUCAAACAUGUUAAAAACAUAUGAGCCCGUGUUCCCUGCUGACCCCUCCUCUCCUCCCUGCAGCGCCUGCUGUUUGAGGCGGCUCAGGGCGCCGCCUCUUCUAGGUUAAAGAGACUCGUCGACCGCUGUGGU